CGCCUUUGCUGAGUCAUAAGUGGGCUGUGAUUGGAUUUGCCAGCUGGGCUUUUGCAACGCGACUGCAGCAUGGACAGAGGACUGACUGCAACUCAGCUCAAACUCCAGUCCGGAGAAAGCUUCCAAGUGAAGGGGAAGGUCUUGCCAGAUGCCAAAGGUUUCACGGUGAACGUUGGGAAAGACAGCGAGAACCUGGUGCUCCACUUCAACCCACGCUUCGACUUGCACGGGGACGUGGACACCAUCGUGCUCAACUCCAGGCACGACGGGGCGUGGGGGGAGGAGCAGCGGGAGAGCCACUUCCCCUUCCAGCCCGGCGAGAAAGCAGAGGUCACCAUCGUCUUCGAUGCGUCUGAGGUGAAAGUGAAACUGGCCGACGGUCACGAGAUCUCCUUCCCCAACCGGCUGGGCCUGGAGACGAUACACUUCCUCUCUGUGGAAGGCGAUUUCAAAAUCAAAGCGCUCAAAUUCUAACUGGUGUUCCUGCAGCCUUGUUUCUGUGUCGAAUAA